GCGCUCGUGCAUCGCCGAUGACCAGCUGGCCUAUGGUUUACGAUUAAGUUGCUGGGCUUUGGUGGUCACCUGUUUCCUUGGACCAACCGCAGCGGCCUUUUGGCACUCCAGCAACAAGUGCAUUCUGGGGUUCGUCUCUUCGGCGACAAUGGCAAUGAACGGAGCCGCUGGGACUGCCGCCACCGGCGAUGGCGGUGAGGCCGUCCUAUCGAAGAUCCACGAAGCGCUCAAAGUAGUUCACAGCCCCUACUCUCCGAAUCAAGCCCGACAGGAGGCCCAAGCCUUCCUCGAGAACGUUAAGAGCCUUCCCGAGUCACCUUCGCACGGCUUCAGUCUCGCGUUCAACAAACCGCAUGAACCUAUCGUCCGGCAUUACGGCCUGUCGCUGCUCGAGCAUGCAGUCAAGCAAAACUGGGAGGAAUAUAGCACGGAGCACCGAGAAUACCUCCGCUCCUGGGUUCUGCAGCUGGCGGAAACCGUUUCCGCCGAAGAUCCGCCCUAUCUAAGGAACAAGAUUGCCCAGCUGUGGGUUGAAGUGGCCAAGCGUGCUUGGGUCGCCAGCUGGAUGGACAUGGACCAUCUUUUAGUCCGUAUCUGGCGGGGCUCCGACUCGCCAGUUUAUAAACAGUUCGUUCUUCAAAUCCUCGAGACACUCUCCGACGAAAUCUUCAAUGGUGACGACGCUGUGGUUGCCCUUCGUGAAGGAGUGCUGAGCAAGGCAUGCGUGGAGAUUUUUACACCAGCAGCAAUCCUAACCGAGGCUUUCCCUAAUCGUCAAGCUGGUCCGGACGUACGGUGUGAGGACGAUGGAUGGCUCAGUAGGAUCACACAACUCAUCGGCGAGUGCUUGAGCGGUGGCGUCGAGCAAACCGAGGAUGUCACUGCAUGCGCUGUCAAGGCACUCAAAGUUCUCAACUCGGUGGUGCCAUGGGCGAUUCCCAAAGCAUUGAAUGCCGUUGGCUGCCGCGCCGUCAUGUGCAGUUGUCUCGCAACUCCAAGCGUGCCCGUGCAAAAGGCUGCUCUCGAGACUCUGCAUUCGCUCUAUAGCCGCUCAAGUUUCACCGAGGAAGAGUUCGUCGACCUCGUAGUGCCAAUGUACACCGAGAUCAUGGUUGAUCUCUAUAGGCGACUAUUUGAGUGGUCGGUCGUAGAUCCACAGGAUAUUGACGAUGACAAAUACCAGUUUGCGAAAAAGUUCUCCGAGUUGCUCUGCUCCCUGGGCAACUAUCUGGACAGAAAGUUCGCGGCUAUACCACCCCAGACUAACGUCCAAGGAUUUCUCGAGCUACUCAUGCUGGUGGUGCAAAGCCAGAGCCUUGUCGUUUCAAUUCCAGUCCUUCUCACGUGGACGCGCUUGCUGUCUCAUCGGUCUCUUGGUCCCGCAGCUGCCGAGAUGCCCUUGAUUGUCAACCUCUUGGAGGUGUGCUGCGCUCGCUUGAUUCGAUACGAGAGCUUUCCCGAAGAUUCGGAAGACCCUGUUUACGUUUUACUUAUCGAAGAUACCGACACUAUUCCCGAACGACAUGCUUUUCUCGGCAACUACCGACGGUAUUGCUGCUCCAUUAUUGAGAGCAUCGUCCAUCUCAAGAUGUCAGAUGCAUUCUCGCAUAUACUGGGCAGGGCGGAGCGUGCUUUGAAUACGCUGUAUGAUGGGCAGCCUCCCCUAAAUCCUGCUAACUAUUCUAAAUCCUCGUUGCCCGUUUUGACGUUUGAUGCCCAUGCAACUGUGAUUGAGGCUGCGCUCAAAGGCUACGACAAGUGGAGGGCGUCACGCAGCCGGACCAAUGAGGAGAAGCAGCAAGCAACCGCGGUCGAGGAGUAUUUUGAGAAAUGGUGUGGUCAACUCCUUGAAAUGAAAUUUGAGGAUCCUCUAAUCCGCAAGCGGAUACUUCAGCUCCUGGUGACCUUCUCUACCAGAGCACUGGAUUCUAAUCCUGCGUUUAUGCUAAGAGUCCUGGAGCAUAUCCUGAUGACAUGGCCGGCUCUGCAACCAGAACACAGGCUCUACAAUGACGCCAUCAGAGAUCUCCAGACUGAAAGCAUGGUUGAGCUUCAACGGUUGGCAUCAAAAAUGCCGGACCCACUCCUUGACGUGUAUGAUCAGCUAGAGGCGAAGGUCCAGGAGAUGAUCGCGUCGGGAACCCUGGACGAAAAGCGCCAGAUCGCAUACCAAAGUUUCUUGUUCAUCAUCGUUCACCGGGCUACGCAUAUUGACCCGGCCGUACGGCUCUCAAAGCUCACUGCAUUUAUCGACCCUGUUAAGGACCAGUGGAAAAAUGAGUCCUUAAAAGCGGCCCUGGGUUCUUACAACGGUUUCUGCGAGCUGCUAGGUCUAGACAAAGUGCAAAAGUACCUAACUGAGCGCCGUGUGCACGAGAACGCCGACUGGGGCUCUACCGAUCUUGACGCUGAAGGCCUCGCACUACAGGCUGAACUGGAACACCGACAGUCGGUCCUCCCGCUUCGGGUGACCAAGUCCUUCUUAACAUACUCGGUGGAGCGAAUAGAAAAGGACUCGGCUCCCUACCAGGCAUCUUGCACUCUCUGGCAGGAUGGAUUCCAGCUCAUCCUGCCAGAGCUUCUCAAACUUUUAAGCUACGCCCACGCAUCCCACAACCCAGCCAACUGGGUUUUGCUGCCAGCAGAAAUGCAGCCAACAGUGGGUCGCCUCCUGUCCGACCGAUUCUGGCAAGCCGGCAUUUCGGAAGGGAGCAAGGAUGAUUUCUAUGCUAGAGUGCUUGGGAAGAAGAACACUCUGGAAGGGCUCGCGUCAACUGUCCGUGGCACGAUUCGGUUCGUGCGCGAGACGUGCUACGCCAUCAUUUACUGCAUGACGCGGUUGAACACGCAGUUCUACGGCUUCCUUGAACUGCCAGGUCCCUUGGCGAACGCGUUGUUCGCGGAUUCUGUCUACCUGUCAUCUCACCAGGUCAUCAACCUUCUCACCCUGGUCAGGUUUCUAGUCGACAACUGUCCUGCGGAAUUACGGGAGCACUUCGUCCCCCCCAUCUUGGCAGCCUGCUUUGAACAGAUGGAUGCGAAGAUCAGCUCUGAGUGGGAAAAGCUCGGACAACGAGAAGCAGUACAAGCGGCAGGAGAUGAAUUGACCGAGGAGAUGAAGGCCGAGAGCAUACUGAGACAACUCACGUAUUCCGCCGUACUAAUGGUCGCUGACGUCCUCGAUCCAGCCAGAGUCGCAGCCCCGUCAGCCUCUGAAGAACAGCCCGUCGACGCAGCCUCGAGCGCGAAAUACCCGCCGCUGCGAAAGUUUUGCUUGAUGAACCCGUCCAUCGCUGUUCCGCUGCUGGUCUUCUGCAGCCACGCGAUCCGGAUGCAUGAUGGUAGAUCCUGCGGCGUGGUGCUGCGGGUCUUCCGUUCCAUUAUUCCCGAAUUCAGCCCUUCGGAAGUCCCGAGGACAAUGAAAGAUUCAGGCCAUACGGAGCCCCUCGAGGAUUUUCCGAUCCCGGAGGAGACGGCAAGAGACAUCAGAGAGUUCAUCUCCACGGAGGUGCUGAAGGCGGCCAUUUCUUCCCUGCACGACCCCUAUUUCGUGGACUUGCAACGGGAGUUGGGCGCGCUCAUCGCCCAAAUUUUGGCUUACUAUGCUUCCCUGACGCCCACACCUCGGAAUAUCCUUGUUUCCUUGCCAAAUAUCAAACCAGAGGAUGUUGACCGUACGAUUCAGCAAGUGUCCCAGACCGGGAUGCACUCUCGACAGCAACGCGCUCUCGUUCUCGAACUACUAGAGGACUUGAAGGGAGUCAGCAUCUCUGAGAUGGGUAAGCUGACUAAGAGUUUCGGGGCAAGACCGGGAUCGGCGCGCGGCAACAAGAAGUCUGCCCGGAGCAAGAUGGCUCAAGAAUUCAUGACGCCACAAGCAGGCUCGGGAGGAGGUGGAAGGAGGACAGAUGGGGAUGGCUCAGCGGCACGUAACAAGACUCCAGACUUGGAAGGUAUGGCGGGGAUGUUCAACGAGGCCGAGUAGAUAGGCCUUGAAGGAG